CCAUUAUUAUCUUUGUGCCUUCCUGUUCUCGAGCGUCUCUUUUCUUUUUUCCUCCUCCUCCUUUUGUUUAUCUUCUUCCUCUACCCAAGUUGAUCCUCAGAUUUGAGAAUAUCUUUCUCUGUCACGACGCUGUUGCGUGUGUCCCGUUCAUUUCUUCACUUCUUUUCUUACCCGCAGCUAAACCCUUACUCUCUUUUAUUACCCUUUGCCCAACUGGCUUGGCUUGGCUGCAUACACUCUUUUACGGGAAAAGAACUCGCUUUCGAUUCAGUAUAAUCUGGUCCUUUUUGAAGACACCUCCUUUUGUAAACCCUUUUUCACCACUACUUUUACAUUGUCCGGAUCCGUUCUCUGAUUCCUGACAUCCUCUUUCGUUUCGACAACCACCGCUCCCUUCAAGAACACCACUCAACGAUCCUCUCUUUCGCAGAGACCGAUUAGGCCAGACUUUCGUUGUUUGAAGGGCCCACGAGACUGAGAGAGGUGUUGGAUCACACGUUCCCCGACAAUCUUCGAUUCUUGACGCAGCUAGUCCUGCCCGUUUUCCCACUCGAACCAGCUUCGAACUUUUUCUUUCCCGGACACCACGCACAGUGAUCGCCACCAUCACCACGACCGACCGACCGCAACCGAGACAUUUAUCGGUCGAAACAAGCAAGUCGGCUUGCAGAAGGAGUUGGGUCAAAACCCAAAAGGAAGAAGGAAUGUCUCCAACCAUGCACAUGACGGCCCCCGUCGCGCAUUACCAGCCGACCUCGGACAUGAUGGACCGUCACGAGUACGGAGUGAUGAAGAGCCGCAAAACGGCCUCGACCGGAGGCGGCCGAGCCUGGAGUGAGGAUGAGGAGGUCUACCUGCUUCAAACUCGCCUCCAGAAGAUGCCGUACAAGCACAUCGCCGCCCACCUCAAGAAGACGGAGCUCGCCUGCCGGCUGCACUACCACCAGCUCAGCCAUGGCUCGAACCGCCGCAAGCGGACCACGAGCGUCUCCUCGGGCUCGUCCACCGGUGGCCACUCCCCUGUCCUCACGGCCACGAUCCCCUCGCCCAUCCACGAGUCCUCCUCCCGGUCCGUCUCGCCCACAGGCAGCAUGUACGGCCCCGGCUCGCCGGCCGGCGGCGUCCAGCUGCCCGCCAUCAUGUCGGGCGGCGGCCACCACUCGCCCCGGCUGCCCGCCAUCCUGCCCAAGCCCGCCUCCAUGAACCUGGCCCUGGCCUCACCGCCCGUUAGCAGGGGCUACCCGGUCUCCAUGUCGGACAUGCAGCAGCAGCACGUCGCGCCCCUCCUGCCCGCCGCCAACUUCACCAGCCAGACGAGCUCCAAGGCGGCGCCGUCGUCGUCGCACCACCACCCCAACCUGCGCCUCGACUGCUCCGGCCUCCCGCCCCCGGCGGCCCCGACCUCGCAGCAGCACAUGCCGCCUGUCGACCUGACCCGCCUGUCGGCCAUCUACGCGGCCCACCGCAACGGCUUCUGGUCCAGCAUCGCGGCCGAGUACGGCCACGGCGCCAGCCCCGCGGCCCUGGAGCAGGCCUGGAGGAACGGUCCCUCGCCCUGCUGCAGCGGUGCCCACCGCCAGCAGGCGCUGACGCCCAUCACCCCCGUCCUGUCGCCCGAGGACCGCGAGGCCUACGGCAUCAGCGCUGCCAAGUCUGACAAGACUCGCAUCUCUGCCAUCCUCGGCAUCGACGCCGACCCUAGGAGCCCCAAGGAGAGGGAGAUGGUCAGGAGGAUGGAGGAGAGGGUUGGCGCGUAAUGUGUGGGCCUCCGUAAAAAUUGGUUAAUCGUGGUUGAGUCUCGUCCCGCGUUGACUUUUUUUUUUGCUGCUUAUCUGGGACUUGCGUCAACUUUUCAGGGUCGCGCCUCUUUGUUUCUCCACCUUGUCUUUCUAUCAAUCCUUUUUUGUCUACCAUGUGCUUUGGGGUUCUCAUGUCGGGUUUCGCGGCUUUCGCUGUCGGGGGUUUCGUCGUCUUUGGUUGGUCUGGCUCCAAGGUCGGAAACGCAAAACAGGGGACUGGUCCGGUGCACGGGCCAAACCUUGUCUCCACCUCCUCCUCUUUUUAUUUUGGUAUUGGGUUACAUUCGAUAACCCUUCUUUCCCCACCUAAAAACUUCCUAUUUUAUUUUCUGCUUCUUGUCCCUCGCUUCUGGAGGGUUGGAUCUGCUGGACCGCCUUUGAUGGCUUUUGCUUUGAGGAAAGACGGCGAGGGGCGACGACCAUGUCUCGUCAACCUCGGCCAAACAACCAACACCUCGACCAUCAGACAUACCACGGUUUGGAUGGCUCACACUGACACAAACUCACCCACACCCACACUCACACUCACGCACUUGCAAAAUACAUCGUACGCCUGUUUGUAUUCGUAUGAAGUAUCAUGAUGGGACGGAUCUGGCCUUGGGACUUUUCCUUUACUAUGCGAUGGCUUUUUAACGUUUACGCCACCUUUUUAUUAUCGCCAACGAACCUCCACCUUUCUCUCGGAGAUGUACUCUUUUAUUAUGGCUUUCUUAUACCGCCUCCAUUUCUUGCCACCAAUAUCACUCUUUUCCAACACUAGCAUGCCUCGGUACAUGUGCCUCGUCGUGUUUAAACACUUUUCCCCAGCUGUCCCAGCCGAGGCGGGUUGCGUCGUCACGUUGAAGCCCAGGGGCAGGGUUGUACUGGCCGAAACCUCGCUUCAAAUUGG